UUAAAUUAAAAGGAUCAAUGCAAUGUUCAUAGAAAUCGCAGAUACAAAGAAGAGCUACUGUAGCUCUUUUUAAAAUGUAGGUAAAUGAAGUUAUUUCUGCGAGUUCUUACAGCCUUUUCCCCAUCUGAUUUUCCACGGCUGAUUCAAUGAAAUGGAUGUAUUUAAAUAGAUGAAUCUUUUGUUUUCUUCUGCAGCCCGCGGCGGAAUAACCUGUAACCGGGGAUCCGGGGGACAAAGGCAGGCGGGGGGACGCGGUGUGUCCGCCGGGCGGGGGGACACAGUGUGUCCGCCGGGCAGCGGCUCAGCCCGGCCGCGGUGACCGGCAGCCCGCACAGCCAAUCCGGCCGCGGGGAGGGAGGAGACCCCGCAGAUUCAAACCUUCGGGAGAGAAAGGGGGGAGGAACAGACGAAACGGAGGAAAAAACAGUAGCCGGGAAGUUUUGUUCUGUUCAUGCAAGUGUAUCGGUUUUUUUACCCCCACUGGAAUGCGCCUGACAACCAGACGCGAGUAGAUCCAGGCAGCGCCUACUCGGAUGUUAUUGUUCAUUUGAUUUUCUUCUGCUUUUACCCGAGUAACUAUGUUUAUUGCGGUCAGGUUUUCCCACAAUUAGCAGAAACACAGGGGAUUCGCUCUUUCGACUCCAGCCCUGCGGGUCAUGGCGGAGGUCACAGUACAGAGCAGCUGCCUGCAGGACCUGGCGGACGGCAACAUCCUGGACCCGGCCUUCCAGCAGCGCCUGGAGGGCGCCCGGACCCAGCUGCGGCAGGAGAUCCAGAAGGAGCUGAAGAUCAAGGAGGGGGCGGAGAGGCUGCGGCGCGCGGUGACCAGCCGGAGGAACGCGGUGCACGUGGAGGGGCAGCUGAAGGCCUCCAACCGCAAGCUGGAGCAGCUGCACUGGGAGCUGCAGGAGCUCAACGCCCGGGCCAUGGCCAGGGACAAGGACAGCCAGACAGACGACGCCACCUCGCCCGACCCCUGCCGCUGGGAGGAGAGCACCACGCCGCUGGCCAGCCGCAUCCUGGCCUUGAAGAAGCAGCUGACCAUAGAGACCAAGGUGAAGCAGGGCGCGGAGAACAUGAUCCAGAUGUACUCCAACAGCUCCUUCAAGGACCGGAAGAUGCUGUCCACUGCCCAGCAGAUGCUCCAGGACAGCCGGACGAAGAUCGAGCUGAUCCGCAUGCAGAUCGUCAAAGUCGCGCAGGCAGGAGAGGGAGACGGGGAAGGCUUCGACUCGGAGGCCGAGCGAAAGGGCCGGCCGCUGGACACCAUCAGCCCCCUGGAGCUCCGCGUCGCUGAGCUGCGGCACCACCUGAAGAUCGAGGCCGCCGUGGCGGAGGGGGCCAAGAACGUGGUGAAGCAGCUGGGGGGCCGCAGGGUGCAGGACCGUCGCGCCCUGGCAGAGGCCCAGGCCAGGCUGCAGGAGUCCUCGCAGAAGCUGGACCUGCUGCGCCUGUCCCUGGAGAGGCGGCUCGGUGAGCUAUCCCAGGACCACCCGAAACGGGCCGUCAUCAAAGAGGAGCUGGCCCUGGGCGCCUCGCCCUCCCUGGGGCUCCAGCGGCACCGCCUGCAGUCGGCCUCCUCGUUCUUCAAGCCCGCCACCCUCACAGGCAGGCUGGAGGUCAGGCUGAUGGGCUGUCAGGACCUGCUGGAGUCGGUGCCGGGCCGCUGCCGGGUGUCCGGCGUCUCCGCGGCCCCGGGCAGCCCCUCCGAGGCCAAGUCCCUGAAGGUGCGGGCGGGAAUCUCGGGCCGCGGCACGAGCAGCAGGCUCAAGACGGACGAGCUGUCCGCGGACAUCAGCGCCGUUCUGAAGCUGGACAACAAAAUGGUGGGCAGGACCAACUGGAGGCCCGUCAGCAACCAGGCCUGGGACCAGAGUUUCAGCAUCGAGCUGGAGAGGUCUCGGGAGCUGGAGAUCGGGGUGUACUGGCGGGACUGGAGGGCUCUGUGCGCGGUGAAGUUCCUGCGGCUGGAGGACUUCCUGGAUAACCGGCGUCAUGGCAUGUGUCUGUACCUGGAGCCCCAGGGCAUGCUGUUCACCGAGGUGACCUUCAUCAACCCUGUCAUAGAGCAUCACUCGAAACUGCAGAGGCAGAAGCGCAUCUUCCCUAAAGAGAAAGGGAAGAACUUCCUGCGCGCGGCUCAGAUGAACAUCAACAUCGCCACGUGGGGCCGGCUGAUGAUGAGCAUGCUGCCCCCCUGUAGCUCCUUGUCGGCCAUGAGCCCCCCGCUCUCCGGCUCCUCCGAUUCCGAGGUCACCCCCCCCCCGCCGUGCGCCGAGGACAAGCCCGGCGUGUCCACGCCGCUGCCCGGGGACGCUCCAGUGGUCAGGCUGACCUUCAGCGAGGACCGGCCCCCCAAACCCCCCCGCCUCCACAUGCAGCAGAGCCCCGCAGAGAGCCCGUCACCCCCGUUCAGAGACACGCAGCCAGAAGACAGAAACAACUGCAGCACCAGAGGAACGGGAUCCUGUCAGCCUGCUCCCGAAAAGAAGCAAGGCAUGCAGAUGGAAGAUUUCAAGUGCAUCUCUGUUCUGGGAAGAGGGCAUUUCGGAAAGGUUCUCCUUGCGGAGUACAGGAAGACAGGGAAGCUGUAUGCCAUAAAAGCCCUGAAGAAGGGAGACAUCGUGACGCGUGAUGAAGUGGACAGCCUGAUGUGCGAGAAGCGGAUCUUCGAGACCAUCAACGCCUCGCGCCACCCCUUCCUGGUCAACCUGCACGCCGGCUUCCAGACCCCGGAGCACGUCUGCUUCGUCAUGGAGUACUCCCCGGGGGGCGACCUGAUGAUGCACAUCCACAGCAGCGUCUUCUCCGAGGGGCAGGCCCGGUUCUAUGCUGCCUGUGUGGUGCUGGGGCUGGAGUUUCUCCACAAGAAUAAGAUUGUUUACCGAGAUUUGAAGUUGGACAACUUGCUGAUGGAUGCAGAUGGCUUUGUGAGAAUCGCAGAUUUCGGCUUGUGUAAAGAAGGAAUGGGCCACGGGGACCGGACGUCCACCUUCUGCGGCACCCCCGAGUUCCUGGCCCCGGAGGUGCUGACGGACAACACGUACACGCGGGCCGUGGACUGGUGGGGCCUGGGGGUGCUCGUCUACGAGAUGCUGGUGGGCGAGUCUCCGUUCCCCGGCGACGACGAGGAGGAGGUGUUCGACAGCAUCGUGAACGACGAAGUCCGCUAUCCUCGAUUCCUCUCGCCGGAGUCCGUCUCCAUCAUUCAGAAGCUGCUUCGGAAGAACCCAGAGAAACGGCUGGGAAGUGGAGAGCAGGAUUCAGAGGAAGUAAAGAAACACAAGUUCUUUCAGGGGACCGACUGGGAGGCCCUGCUGGCCAAGAGGGUGACGCCUCCCUUCACCCCGACGAUCAGGGAGCCCCUGGAUGUGGGCAACUUCGACGAGGAGUUCACGCGCCUGAGGCCAGUGCUGACGCCGCCCCACACCCCCUGCGUGCUCACGGACCAGCAGCAGGCCUGCUUCGCCGGCUUCGACUUCUCCUCGCUCGGCUGAGCCCUCCCCACGCUCUCCCGCCGGUCUCCAGAUCCCCAGCGCAGGAUGCCACACCGGAAUCAGGCCUCCAUUGUAGGGCGGUUCGGCACUUGAACUGCCAUUGUUGACGCUUAAAAGAAAGAAAAAAACAAGCUGAGGUUUGCUUCCUUUAAACUUUUGAUGACCCGAAGGAUCAAAAUCUAUUGUCCCAUGUCAUCAUUCCUUUUAACCUCGAAACUUUUUUCGCUCCUUUUUAGAUCCCUACAGCCUCGCAUGGUUAUCGUGCACCUCGGUUGUUGCUGAUGUUUUAAAGGAAAGCAUCUCGGGUUUUUCUCCCGUUAGGAUCCUCUUAUGGGUCCCGAUAUAAUGUGCACGUUGCCCCAGGUACAGUCAUAAAAAGCUCGGAGUGUUUUGUGGUGUCAUUCUAGACAGCAGUACAUUACCUAGGUGUGAUAUUAAGGGGCGAGACUUAGCUUUUUACGAUCCCAUCACUGAAUCUGCCACUGUUGGCCCUGUAUGUUUGCUUUUAAAACAUGUAACUCAGAUUUGUUACCUAGUUUACAUUCAAAUCUGAACUUGCAAGCUGCCAGAGGAAGUGGACGGCCGAUGGAAUGCAAUUGUCCCUUAACAGUGUAGACCCCCGAUUAAUAUAAAGGCAACCCGUAUUACUGCUGUAACUUUUCAAGUUGCUAUACAUAUACCGUAGGUGUUUUUCUUUAACGAUGUUCUCCCUGGGAUUUAGGUUCAAUAUGACAGUUUUAAGAAGUGCCUCUGCUUAGCUGUUCAAAAAGUAAAAGUAUCUGAACAUGAAUGAGCUCUGCAUACUUUUCGCACAGCCAACCUUUCCCAGCACAACCCUGGGAAGUCUGCACAGAUGGGGCUGUGGGUGUGGUGCAUGAUAGUGGUGACCAAUACGGAGCCUUAACCUUUACAAUGAAGUGGAAUGGAUUAAGUGCAAAUGCUUUACAGAUCUUAAAAACGUAUAACUCUUUGGUGAAUGAAGAUAAGAGGAUUUUAAAGUUCAAUGCUGACUAUUUUCAGCCAUUACAGUUUCUGCAUUCCUUUGGAAACCACUUGAAACAGCUGUGAAUGUGUAUAUUUCUCUAUAUAAUGAAUAUAUGUAUGUGCUUUACUACUGAAGUAAUUUAUACAGUGAACGGAACAACGUACUAUGGUCUAAAGCUUUAGGUGAGAUUGUUUUAUUGUGUCCUCAUGUACGUAAAACAAAAAUACAAUAAAUUUAUUUCUCCCUAAAGUUAGGGUGUUUGAGCAUAAA